CGCAAAAUAAAAAUACGUCCAUAAAUAGCCCUCUUAUCUUCCUCACCGUUCUCUAUUACCCUCAGGAAAGCGAGGAAAAAAAAGCUCUCUCUCUCUUUCCAUUUUACAUCUAAGUUUUCUCUCUCUUCGAUCGGAGGAAAAACCUUGCUCGCCGAUAGAAUCCAGGGAAAACGCAAAGAUGUCGGCGGCGAUUAGGAAGAUCACUCUGAAGAGCUCCGACGGUGAGACGUUCGAGGUUGAUGAGGCGGUGGCGCUGGAGUCGCAGACCAUCAAGCACAUGAUCGAGGACGACUGCGCUGACAACGGGAUCCCUCUACCCAACGUCACCAGCAAGAUCCUAUCCAAGGUCAUCGAGUACUGCAAGAAGCACGUCGAGGCCGCCGCUUCCAAGACCGAGGAACGCCCUUCCUCCGCUGACGACGAUCUCAAGACCUGGGACGCCGAUUUCGUCAAGGUCGACCAGGCCACUCUCUUCGACCUGAUCCUGGCUGCAAACUAUCUCAACAUCAAGAGUUUGCUGGACCUAACUUGCCAGACGGUGGCUGACAUGAUCAAAGGGAAAACUCCAGAGGAAAUCCGCAAGACCUUCAACAUCAAGAACGACUUCACACCGGAGGAAGAAGAGGAAGUUCGUAGGGAGAACCAAUGGGCCUUCGAGUGAUUCCUUUCACCGCUCUUUCUCCAGAAUGUCUCUCUGUUUUUAAAUUUGUACUUCCAGCUUUCAGCCUCUCUAUCCUUGUUUCCCCUCCAUGAACACACAAUGAUCCCCUCCAGACGUCUCUCAGAUCUAUGUGAACUUGUGAUAUAACUUUCUCUGUUUCCUAAUUGGUCUGAUAUGAAUAUGGCUUUUAUGUGUUCAGCGUCCUGUUUGCUAAAUUAUCCCCUCCAUGAACACACAAUGAUCCCCUCCAGACGUCUCUCAGAUCUAUGUGAACUUGUGAUAUAACUUUCUCUGUUUCCUAAUUGGUCUGAUAUGAAUCUGGCUUUUAUGUGUUCAGUGUCCUGUUUA